AUGGGCAAUUGUUGCAGAUCUCCAGCUGCUGUAGCUAGGGAAGAUGUGAAAUCAAACUUCUCCGGCCAUGAUCACGGCAAGCGGGACUCCAACGCCGGCAAGAAGGCUCCAAUCACCGUCUUGACCGGUGUGCCGAAGGAGAAUAUAGAGGAUAAGUAUUUGUUGGAUCGAGAGCUUGGUCGCGGGGAGUUUGGGAUAACUUAUCUUUGUAUUGAUCGGGAAACUAGGGAGCUGCUGGCUUGCAAGAGCAUUUCCAAGCGGAAGCUUAGGACGGCAGUGGACGUUGAGGAUGUGAGGCGUGAGGUGGCCAUAAUGAAGCACUUGCCUACGAGUUCCAGCAUUGUAAGCUUGAAGGAGGCCUAUGAAGACAACAAUGCUGUGCAUUUGGUCAUGGAGUUGUGCGAGGGUGGUGAGCUGUUUGAUCGGAUUGUGGCACGUGGGCACUAUACGGAGCGAGCGGCUGCCGCGGUGACGCGGACGAUUGUGGAAGUCGUGCAACUUUGUCACAAGCAUGGGGUUAUUCAUAGAGACUUGAAACCCGAGAACUUCUUAUUUGCCAAUAAGAAAGAGAAUUCGCCUUUGAAGGCUAUUGAUUUUGGGCUGUCUAUAUUCUUUAAACCAGGUGAGAGGUUCUCAGAGAUUGUUGGAAGUCCAUAUUAUAUGGCUCCAGAGGUGCUCAAGCGUAACUAUGGGCCAGAAAUAGAUAUAUGGAGCGCAGGAGUAAUUCUCUAUAUCUUAUUGUGUGGUGUUCCCCCAUUUUGGGCUGAAUCUGAGCAAGGCGUUGCACAGGCCAUUCUUCGGGGGCUCAUAGACUUUAAACGGGAGCCUUGGCCCAGUAUUUCAGAGAGUGCUAAAAGUCUUGUUAGACAAAUGUUAGAACCAGACCCUAAGCUUCGGUUAACUGCUAAGCAGGUGCUUGAGCAUCCUUGGCUCCAAAAUGCUAAGAAGGCUCCUAAUGUUCCUCUGGGUGAUGUUGUGAAGUCAAGGCUGAAGCAGUUUUCAAUGAUGAACAGAUUCAAACGAAAAGCACUUAGGGUCAUUGCUGAAUUCUUAUCCACUGAAGAAGUUGAAGACAUCAAGGAAAUGUUCAAAAAGAUGGACAGUGAUAAUGACGGUAUUGUUUCCAUUGACGAACUAAAGGCUGGACUCCUCAACUUUGGAUCCCAACUUGCUGACUCUGAAAUUCAGAUGCUUAUUGAAGCUGUAGAUACUAAUCUGAAGGGAAGACUAGACUACGGAGAAUUUGUUGCUGUUUCCCUUCAUUUAAAGCGGAUGGCUAAUGAUGAGCAUCUUCACAAGGCCUUCUCCUAUUUCGACAAGGAUGGGAAUGGGUAUAUUGAACCAGAUGAGCUUAGGAAUGCUUUGAUGGAAGAUGGCGAAAAUGAUUGCACAGACGUAGCAAACGACAUUUUCCAAGAAGUAGACACAGACAAGGAUGGACGUAUCAGCUAUGAUGAAUUUGUGGCCAUGAUGAAAACUGGAACAGAUUGGAGAAAAGCAUCUCGGCAUUACUCAAGAGGAAGAUUCAACAGCCUGAGCUUGAAACUGAUGAAGGAUGGUUCUCUAAACUUGGGGCCCGAAUAAUAGUCCUAAUGGCCAUUUUCAACCUGUCAUUUGAAAUAGUGUAGUGUUCCUUCUACCUUCUGGGCUUGCCUUUGUGAUGAUUAUUCAGAUCCGUUGUUAGAUGGAGGUCUCUCUGCAUGGUCGCAUGCGAGUCGCAAUAAGGAAUGCAUGCACUUUGUUCCUUCUGAAAAACAGGUGCCUUGGAGCCAGCCAUUGGUAUGACAUGGAUGCUUCCUCACUUCUUAACCACUCCCAACGAUGUUAAAUCAGACUGUUUAAUAGCAGUCAGAUUAUGAAGAAAUGCCAAUGUCUUGUAGUUUUGCAUUUGCCGGAGUCUGGAGUCUGGACCUCUCUAAUUUGGGCAUUCACCCUCCCGGCUAGGACAUAGUUGUUUCCUCCAUGGCAUCCGAAAGCUGCUUAUAAUGGGGAGUACUUUUGACAGAAUUUGGUGCCGAUUGUAUCACGAGCCUGUAAGAUGCAUCUUUGUAAUCAGGAAGACCAAUCCUGCUUGUCAAUUGUCAAUAUAUGGCGUGUCAUGUAUUGUUGGAUUUUCAUGAUUGUUUUUUGAGAGCUAUUAGCAAAGGUAGAGCCGGUUCACUUUUAUCUUCUCUAUACUAAGUGAGUUCAUAUUUCCCAACAUGUUUUUGGGGAAAUGACAUUUAUAAACCAUCUAAAAACGUUAAUGAUAGUUAAAGAUCUUGAAAUUCUAGAACUU